AUAGAACCGUUGAGCACAUGUUACACAUGUAUUGAGUCAGUUAUCGGUAUAUAUGUAAAAAAGAUUACUGUACGUGUAGAAGUCAAAGAAUUAAACCCUUCGAUUGUGGAAAAUCACGAACCCCCGACUGUCGCAAGGUAGUUACCACCGGGAAUAAGAGAAGAAUCUCACAAAAAAUGUCAUUUAUGAGUUGUGAGGUUCUUUUCAUUGUAAUAAAUGGGUUGUGGAAACACUAAGCACCAACCCAUACAACAACUUCCAGACUCCAAAAAGAAGGAGAAGACAGUGGUCUUUAAGGAACCUCCAGUUGACGUCAUCAAUUAUAUACAGCCGUAUCCCCAAAACAGGAUACGACGCAAGUAAGUGGACCAGCAGAAUGGGCUGUGGUCAAACCAAACCAGCAGAAGGGGAAUCUCGAAAGAAGUCUGUCACAUUUAAAGACCCCCCUGUCGAUUUCAUCGAACCAAGUCCUAAAAAUGUGUUCGUCUUGACACCGCAAUUAACAGUGACACCAGACAAUGGCAUUUACCCGCCAAAACCACCGAAAACCAGACGAAGAGAAAUUAUUCCAGACGACAUCAUAUUUCAAACAUUAGACGACCAUGCUUUAAAGGUGCCAAAGUCUAUGGAAAGUUCUGUUGAAGCGCUAUGCAGAUAUGUCAUAAAACCCGCCAAAAACGACAUGGAAAAAUGUCGGCUUUUCUAUAGAUGGAUCACGAACAACAUAUCGUAUGACACAGCGGCUUUGUUCCAAGGUAAAAGGAAACCCACUGAUGCUGAGUCGGUUCUUAAACUAAAAACGUCAGUUUGCAUAGGUUACGCCAACCUGUUUUCUGCUUUAUGUAGAUGUGCUAACAUUACUGUACAAAAAAUAUCCGGUUAUGCUAAAGGCUACGACUACAACCCAGAUACCCGAUUCGAAUUAGGUCACGCCACCACUCACACGUGGAACGCAGUUCACGUGGAUGGAGAAUGGCGCUUCGUGGAUUGUACGUGGGGAGCUGGAAACUGUGACGAAAUGAAGAAAUUUCACUUUGAUUAUCAUGAUCAUUUUUACUUUAUGGAUCCAGAUCAUUUUAUUUUAACACACUUUCCUUACGAACGCGACAUAAAUAUGGCUAUAGCGUGGCAGCUUCUUCAGGAGCCGUGGCCUUUGGAUAAGUUUAAUGCAUAUAUCAAGCCAAGUAUGAGAGCCAUCGAGUGGGGCGUAGAGUUCGUGUCACACCAGUCUAAUGUUGUAUUUACAAAUGCUGUGUCCAUUUUUGAACUGAAAAGCAGAAAGACUCUAUCAGUCCUCAACGGAGAGCUUAUUCCAGAAAAAGGAGAGAGUAACAGAGCAUAUUCAUACGCCUACAAAUGUGGCCCGGAUGUUUAUAAAAUUGUCGUAAGACCACCAUCAGUUGGAAAAUUUUCACUUCGCAUUUUGGCAAAUCCCGAAAAUGACGAAGAGGCGUUCCUUUUAGUUUCAUACGUCAUCAAAUGUUUAAGUACAGAUGGGCUCGUGCGUGCCUUCCCGUACCACUGGGGAAUAUGGGGACCUUCAGUGGGUUUGGCGAACCAUGGACUUAUCCUUAAUAAUGUAUGCCCCUUGAUCAUGGCAGAAAACGGAGAGCUAGAGAUUAAAGUACCACUGGAAAAAGAACUAGAAGCUUCAAGUAGACUGACUCAUGCCGAAAAUCUCGUCAAGGAAAGCGACAAUUAUGUCCUGACAGAAAUCAAUGGCGGCAAUUUGUAUGCUCGUGCUAGACUUCCAAAAGAAGGGUAUUAUAAACUACAAAUAAUGGUUAAAUUAGAUGAUGAUAAAUAUAAAACAAUAUUGACCUACUUACUUGGGUCAACGCAAACACUACUAGGGACUAACAAAUUACCAAGAUGUUACAGAGCGGCGCGAGAGUUUCAGUGCCGCCUCCUUGAGCCGUUGAGGUAUGAACUCCCACGUAACACCAGGGUUCGCAUCAGAUUAAAAUGUUCUCGAAAUCUUAGUCUCGUACUCAAAAAGCAAAAUCUGGACGUGCAAAAACACGACGGUGUAUGGGACUUCUUGUCCACAACUCCAAACGCUGGUGAAAAAUUUUUCAUUUCAGGUAAACUUCUUGACGAAAGCUGCAAUGGAUCGACAUACAAAGGACUUUAUGAAUUUUCUAUUAUAUGAUAUUUUUGAUUCAAGAUGUGGAGCACAUGGUCUAUGGUCAUAGGCGUUAUGUGAGUAACCGAAAGGUCGCUGGUUCAAAACCCGCUGAAGUUACUUGAUGUUGCGUGCUGUGCACUUACACAAGGCACUUAAUCUACAUUGUCUCAGUCUACCCAGCUGAAAUUGGGUAUCUGCUUAGGCUUGGAGUUAAUCUACGAUGAACGUGUAUCCCAUCCAGGGGAGUCAAUUACUUUCAUCUGCUUAGCACCACGGCAACCGGGGAAAGGAUUUGAUUUCAAAUCAAUUUAUUCAAAAUACUCGGACAUUGUGCAAUAAUAUAUCAGACUAAGAAUAUGGAUUUUAUCAUAACAGUAUAACGAAGUGUCUUGUAAUUUUUUCAAUUUAAGGUUGGAAGUACAUGUAUAAGCAGAAAUUUCACUAUACAAAGGUGUCAUAUAAAUUAAAUAGUAGUUUUGCAUUUGUACUGGGAUAACUACAUGUACCACCAGGUAAAUGAAUAUAAAGAUAUUGUUGGAAGUAAUUUCUUGAAAUCAACUUAAGGAUGACGUUCACUCAGAAUGAAAAAAAAAAUCCACUGAUGAUAAUAAAAAACCAUCUAUUGUGUGUUAUAGACCUUUGCUUGUAUUGUUAUUUUUCACUUUCAGAAAAGUAGGUCAAUGACCUACUUUUUGAGUUAAUGGUCAUUGAAUAUUUAUUGAAAAUUCAAGAAAAAUCCCAUAAAAUUUUACACUACGAUUGAGAUUUUCUUAAUUAUAAAAAUAUUACAAAUAAUUAAACACUUCAAAAAAUAAGAUAGAGUUUACGAAUGGUAGAAGCACUAAAUAAGUUCACAACAUUAAGAUUUCAGCAUCAAUUUUUAAAAAUAAUUCAGUCCGAAUUUCCUCUAUCAGUUUUCAAAUCUCUACCCAUUUUUGAUUCAAUUUUACAAAAAAUUGAAAGAUGAUAAUACAAAAACAUUUAUGAUAUUGAACUACUUAUAUUUACCUUAUUCUGUUGGCAUAAAAUUCAUAUGAGGUCAAUGAUCAAAAUUUUGAGAUAUGAUGUCUUUUAUCGUUUUUAAGCAUUUUUCAAUAUUAUAAUUAUUCGUGCCAUAAGAUUAUUUUAAUGAAUAAGUGAGGUAAAACCAACGGAAAAUAUGCAAAAUUACGUAGACUUAAAUAUAAAAUCCUAACUUUUAAUAUUAGACUACUGCCAAAAAACUUUUAGUAGAAAACAAAAUCUGCAAAAUUUAGUCCGAAUUUCCUCUGUUUGGCUAAAAGUCAAUUUUUGUUUGAGCAUAAUUCCAUAAUAAAGUAAAACUAUUGAAUAAUUCAUUUCAUAAAUACUUUUUGUGUUUAGAACAAAUUUCACUCAUUACAUUGAACUUUUAACAAUCGGAAUUUGAGAACUCAAACCCUGAGUAAAUAACACCCUUAAGCGGACCAAAAUACAAACGGGCAAAAUAACACUAUGCUAAUAAGACAUUUGUCAUCUAUUGAAAAAUGUUGUUUUUUGUUCAUUGUUUAUUCAUAUAAUAAUAAUAAAUUAUAUUAUUUUG